GUCUAGUGUGUUGAAUGUUUGAAAGUCGGCGCGCGAACAUAGUGUUAGACGAUUUGUUUUGUUGUGUGAAGGACUGUUGAGUAGCCGAAUGGAACAAAUACGAAUUUUAUGAAUUUACUAGGCACAUCUACUACAAUUUUUUUUAAAUAUAGAACAUUAUAUACCCAAAGAGGACGUUAUUGCUGUUUCUGUCGUAUUCGAAGAUCGACGUUAAUUUGCAAUUAGGAUUUGUAAUUCAGAAAAUUCAUUCAACAUCAGUAUGGAAACCGUUCUGCCUCACGUUCCAAUGACAGUGGAAGUGUUGUCGCUUGUUAAUGAUCUAGAUAAUUGGUCUAACGUCAAUGUCAGAGUUAUUGGGCGUUUUGUGAGGACUGUAAAUGGACUGUACUGUUUAGAAAGUGUGUUAGAGCCGGAUGGGCCGUACAGAAUAAACCUGAAUGUAGAACUUUUGCCAAAAUAUCCACUGAUAAACGAUGUAAUUCAAGUUUUUGGUGAAUUACGGUCGACGACGCAUAUAUUCCUGGUUGCGAAGUUCUUCAGUCUGUUGCAUGUACACCACCACCACCAUCACAAGAUCCCGAAGAGUAUGCAGACCUCCAUUUCUAUCGCCAUAUUUGUGCUGUCAUCAACUCGUUGCUGUUACCGAGUCAAUACUGUAAUUGACAACCUAAAGCUGUCUUCAAGACAUUGUAUUGCACCGGAAAUCAGACGCAAGCAAGAUGCCAGAAGUCAUCCUCCUGAUUUUUUAAGGGGAUGCUUUCCCAACAACCUGUGGUAGAAUGCCAGGUCAAAGCAGUGUAAAGGUUUGACCCCUCACACCAAUAAAAGCCAACUCAAAAGUAAUUCCUGGCUUUCUCCAAGAAAACUUUUGUAUGAACACCUAAGGUGUUAACUGCAGUUUUUUUAUCAAAUCACUCCAUUAUGAACAUACUAUGUGAAGUAUUAAUGUGUUAAAAAAAAAAAGUAAAUAAAAAAGUUCCUGUAGAUCCUUUCAUUUCUGAUUUGCUCCCAGCACCAAAAUAUAGGUGAUUACACUUGUCACGAACAUUCUUAAUGUUUGUACUAUCAUGUUUCAUGUUUUAAUAAUUCAAUUGGUAGAAGCAAGGCAAUGUUUCAUGUAGAAAUAAAGUAAUAACUGUAUUUAUUAAAUACUGUAUCAAGUAAUGUUGAUACUUCUGAA